AUGAAAUUUCAGGAUGAACUCAAGAUGCACGAUAACCUCUUACAGGUGAACUUCUCUAAACUUUAGAAUGCAGAUGUCCAGCUGUUCAAUGUUUCAAUACUUUUUGCACAAUUUGCUGUUCUCUAUCAAAGAACUGAACGAAGUUCGACGGACACAUUUUCACAGAAAGGCAUACAGUAUGACUCUUCCAGUGUCUCUGUAGUGACAGAUGAUGCAGCUUUACAAAGGAUUAGAUAAAAAUGAUGAAUUUGGACCAAAAAGGGCUGAUUCUUUCCAUCUUGGAUCAUCAGACAAAAUGGUGUGACCGAAGAGAUUCUCAGCCCUAUCAGGCUCUCAAAUACUCAUCCAAGAGCCACCCAGGAGGGGAUCACCGCCAUGAAAAGAUGCGAGACUCCUCAGAUGUCACUCCUCCCUGCAAAAUGCUCAAGAGGUCUGACAGCCCUGAAAACAAACACAGCGACGGCACAGGACACGGCAGAGCAAAGGCUGUCCAUGCACACCGGGCCCGGGAUCGAGAUGGAGGGACCAGUAAUUCCCCACAUGAAAACUCUCACAACCACAGCACCCUGCAUAGCUCCAACUCACAUCCUAAUCCCAACAAAACCUCAGACACACCUCAUGAACCAGGUGAUGACUGGUCGGAGCACAUCAGCUCGUCCGGGAAGAAAUAUUAUUACAACUGCCGAACAGAGGUGUCCCAGUGGGAGAAGCCCAAAGAAUGGCUGGAAAGAGAACAGCGGCAAAAAGACGCAACAAAACAGACGGCAGUUGUCAACAGUUUCCCCAAGGACAGAGACUACAGAAGGGAGGCCAUGCAGGCAUCAGCACCCCCUGGCUUUUCAGCAUCAAAGUCAGCACAGGUGGAGAAGCCCGCAGCGACUCACGCCACCCAAUCUUCAUCUUCUGGCUCAGCAAGCGUGAACCCCGCAUCGGCCCCCCCCGGAUCAUCAGCAUCCACAGUCCCCGUCUCGCCGGUCCUGCAGUCCCCAGCCCCUCCGCUUCUGCAGGACCCCACCUUGUUACGUCAGCUUCUUCCAGCACUUCAGACAGCCCUGCAGCUCAAUAACGCCAGCGUGGACAUGGCGAAAAUCAAUGAAGUUCUGACAGCUGCUGUCACACAAGCUUCGUUACAGUCCAUGCUUCAUAAAAUCCUCACUGCUGGACCAUCAGCUUUCAAUAUUACUACAAUUCUCUCCCAAGCUGCUCAACUCUCCAGCCAAGCAGCUCAGCAGUCGAACCAGUCGCCGAUGUCGUUAACGUCAGACGCCUCAUCACCCAGGUCCUACGUUUCUCCACGCAUCAGCACCCCACAAACCAACGCUGGUCCCCUCAAACCCCUACUCGGCACACAGCCCGUCAUCUCACUGUCAAAGGCCAGUACACCAGCCAUCAAGCAGACAUCUCAUCCCCAGCAGACAUCCCAGCAGCCCCUCCCCAGCGACAAGCAACACAGUCACGAUGCUAGCACCGCUUCUCCACGCACACUUCAGCGCCAGGGCAGCAGCAGUCAGAGGAGUCCUUCCCCGGGAUCCAACCAUGUCCCACCUGGCAGCGGCACCAGCAACGCCCCUACUUCAGCGUCUGCUCCACCUACUUCCGUGGCGACCCGACCGUCUUGCUCCUUCACCCCCGCACUUGCUGCCCACUUCAAUGAGAAUCUUAUUAAACAUGUCCAAGGUUGGCCUGCUGAGCAUGCAGAGAAACAGGCAUCAAGAUUACGUGAAGAGGCUCACACGAUGGGAAGUAUUUGUAUGUCUGAGAACUGCACCGAGCUGAAAAACCUGCGUUCCUUGGUCCGAGUGUCUGAAAUCCAAGCCACAUUGCGAGAGCAGAGGAUACUCUUCCUCAGACAACAAAUCAAAGAACUUGAAAAGUUGAAGAACCAGAAUUCCUUCAUGGUCUGAGAACUUCUCGUUGCAAGUAGAAGCUGGAAUGACAGGGGUUGGGUGGGGUGAGAUCCAUUGCACAUAGCUGGAGGCCAGAGGGAAAGCGGUUGCCCUGUCUUAACAUGGGCCGCUUUGACGAGGGGGGGGGGA